UAAGACUCAUCCGAGCAGAUCGAGCGCACAAACCCAACAUCAUGAGAGAGAGAGAUUUCGGAAUUAUAACACCAUCCUUUACCAUGAUCAGCGUGACCAAAUAUUAUAAACCCUACUUUUGGGGGGUGGUGUUUAUGGGGUUCAAAAUAUGCAAGGAGACAAAGCAUAGUGGGUUUGACGAGAGAGACAGAGAGAUGAGAUGACAUGGGCUGCUCACAUGGAAGAUGAUAGCAUGAGAUUUAGGAGAGAGAGGAGAGAGAGGAGAGAGAGGGGAGUGUACAUGUACAUGGCAUCUGUUGUACAUGGAGCACUUUCCGGGUUAUCAAAAGCCCUUAAUUCUGCUGGAGUUUUUUGCUGUCUACCGUUACGGCUAGACUGUUAAGUGAUAAAAAGCAGACCCCCUUUUCCCCUCUCUCUCUCCCCCUCUCUCUUCUUAUCUCCUCUCUCACUCAAACCCAUUACCUCUUUCUCCUCCAAUUUCAAAACCCUAAUCCCAAUUUCCUGCUCGGAUCUUCUUUGCAUGUCGAUUGGGAAAUGCAUCGCUAGCUCUGCAUGUUGAUCAGGAAAUGCAUUGCAUUGAUUCUUCAACAGUAGUUGGAUUGUUUGAGCUAAAACAUCAGCUUUGAAUGAUGACAUUGAUGAGGAACACUACGUUGUUUUAUAUGCAGUGAUUUGUGAAUGAAGGCCAUGUAGUAUUGCCUUUUCUGAUGUUGGAUAUAUAUAUAUAUAUAUAUUUAUAUAUAUUCACUAAAGAAAGGAAGAGACUGAACAAGUUUGCUCUCAAUUAGUAAAGAUGUUAUUUUCCAGGUACGGAGAUUACCAUGGCUUUGGGGUUGGCAGUUAUUAAAUGACUUUACCUGUACUUCAGUAUUUAUAGUGAUUUUGUCAAGGGCAGAUUCCAGAUUUUCAGCAGCAGUUAAACAGAGGAAUAUACAGCAGGGUAGAUCUCACCUUUCGUGCUGAUGGUUAUAUGUAGUGCAAAUUAGGAAACUUAAGGAAGACUGGUAAAGUGGAACUGCUGUGAGUUGACAGAGAUGUUUCUCAGCAAAGAAAUUGACGAUUUGCAUGAUGAUGGGUUUGAAGGAUCGAAAAAUGAGCACUGUAUAUUCACAGAGGUUUUCUUUGGUCAAGACAUUGGUCGUACUAGUAAUAGAUGUCUUGUUACUGGAAUGAUUAACUUUGAAUGUGAGUCAAGUAAGAACACUGAUGGAGCACCGUCUCCAAACAGUGAAAACUCAGUUGUAACGAGUCACUCCUCAAAAAAUAUCUGUUUAGAGGAGUUUUAUAAUGCAGCCGAAGAUUUUAGAGAAACCUCUGCACCAGGGUUUUCCUUGGACAGAUCUGCUAUGUUAGAUAGGAAUGGUGAUGAUGCGACUGUUAAUAGAAUGAAGGUUUCAGUUGAUGAGCUUCCUAAUACCAAACCUGGUUUAGGAAGGGUCACAUCUGGUCUAGCUUCAAACUCUGUCUCUGAAACAGUGACAUUUCGUUUGGUUGAAUCUUCUAGCCAGGGAGUCACGUCUAGUUGUUAUCUGUUUAAGCAACAUGCAGAACUUAACAAACUGGGCGUAGCAGGUGACCCAGAUGUUUCAAAGUGCAGAUUGCGAAACUCAGAUGGGGAUGAUAGAAAGGAAGUCUGCCUAAGUAAAGCUAUUGCUUCACAUGAGAACUUCUUGACCAGGCUUCUGGUUGCAAGUCCAUUAGCCACUGUUAUGGAUAAAUCCAGAACUCCUCUACAUUCUGAGGGAAAGCCCAACGGAUUUGAAUCUUCUGUUUUGGAUGUCUCCAAUGUUGCCUUGAAGACGGAGAAUAGUAAGGACCCUCGUCCGCUUCUCCGAUAUCAUGUUGUUCGCUUGCUUGAAGCUGCUGGAUGGCAUAUUGAGAGGCGAAAAAGACCUAGUAGAAAUUAUAUGGAGACUGUUUAUAUAACACCUAAGGGAAGGUUAAUUUGGGAACUCCCCAAAGCUUGGCGGUUAUGUGGAGAAAUUCUGUUAGCAGAUGGGUACAGUAUGCUGCAGGAAGAUACAAAGGAGUGGGCCAAUAUCAGUCAGUUCUGGUCAGAUCUGUCUGGUGUUUUAGUAAAUAUUGAGAAAGAGAUUCAUCAUCCACAACCUGCUACUGCAUUGGCUUACUGGUGGAGGCUCUUAGAUCCUUUUGUGGUUGUCGUGUUUAUUGAGAGAAAGAUUGGUAGUCUAAGAAAGGGAGAGAUAGUUAAAGCAACUGAAAGUAUAGCUGAUUCGAACCGUAAGAUUGAUUCUGCUUUGGCCUUGACUAGUGCCAAUAACAUAGAAAGUCAUUUUACUAAGGAAGAUGUGUCAGCUCCUCUCCGUGAGUCCACACUGGCUAGGAGGGUUGGAUUAGCAGUUUCUAAGCGAGAUUACAAUGCCUGUAGGAAAUCUGGUAAUGAAAGUUCCUCAAAACAUUGCGGACAGACAAGUAAUGAGGAAGUGAAAUUUCUUAUGGGACUGUCUAUUUAUUCAGCUCAUGCAGAAAGUCAUUGCUUGGUGAAUGCUGGUAAUAGAGUUGAAAAUGGGUUCUCUGGGAAAAUAACUUGUCCGGAUUCCUUACCAGUUUGUGGGUCUGGUGGCAUUUGUAUUCAGUCAGCUACUCAUCGAGAUGAUCCUAUUACUUCUAGAAAUUGUAACAAUGUGCAUGGAGGUUCUGAAGCUGUCUCGCCUCACCAAGAUGGCAAUGCAAAUUCCCCUGGCUCUAAUAAACAGAGUUCUGGACUUGAUUUAGAAACGCCUAAGGAAGUUAUGGAAGACACCUCAGUGGAUUCUUCUGAGGAAAAAGAUGAAUUGGAGGGAGGCAAGGUUGAUGAUAAGCUGGAAAGUGCUCAGAAGGGAUCAUUAGAUAACCAAAGAAACUACACAAUUGAUGUUCUGAAAAGAAAAACACGUAGGAAGUCUAAAAAGAUAUCUGAAAUUGAACCAAGCUCGUUAUACCGAAGUGGCCUUUUAGAUUUUACUUCAAGUGAGAAUGCUGAUUCCCUGUGUAUUGAUGCUAAUGGUGCCCAGUCAAAGUCGACAGAGGUCCAAGAUGAAUUUACAGGCAAUAAAAGAUGCAAAGGAAGUCGCAAGAUGUACUUACCUACCGACUCUUGCCAGCAACAGAUUGGGAGAAAAAGUUCAAAGUUGAUGAAGAUUUCACGUGAAUGUGAUGAUGUCCAGACUGGAAGAAGUAAAUCAUUUAAAUGCCAAAUUGAAGAUGAUGACUUGUUGGUUUCAGCUAUUAUAAAAAAUAAAGAUUUUAGGACAACGCAUGCUCAAUAUUCUUCUAGAAAGAAAGCCUACAAAUCAAGAGCUCAUAAGAAAGGUAAAACUAAAAGCCAAAAGAGUCGUUGCAAGUUGCUUCCAAGAAGCCUGGGCAGUGGGGGAAAGCACUUUAAGGAUGGAAAGUGGCAUUCUGUAGGAGUGAAAACAGUUUUGUCUUGGUUAAUUGAUGCUGGGGUCUUAUCUCCAGAUGAUGUGAUUCAGUAUCGGAAUCCUAAGGAUGGUGGUGUCCUUAUAGAUGGUCUGGUUACCAGGGAUGGCAUUUUUUGCAAGUGUUGCAGUAAAGUAGUUUCAGUUUCUGAGUUCAAGAGUCAUGGUGGGUUCAAACAGAAUCGUCCAUGUUUGAAUCUUUUCAUGGAAUCUGGUCAGUCCUUCACCUUAUGCCAGCUUCAGGCUUGGUCAGCUGAAUACAAGACCAGGAAAAAGAGCACCCACGUCGUGCGAGAUGAUGAAAAUGAUCAAAAUGAUGAUUCAUGUGGACUUUGUGGUGAUGGUGGCGAGCUGAUAUGCUGUGAUAAUUGCCCCUCUACUUUUCAUCAGGCUUGUUUGUCUCUGCAGGAGCUCCCUGAAGGCAACUGGUAUUGCUCGAAUUGCACCUGUUGGAUAUGUGGUGAUUUCGUCAAUGAUAAGGGGGCUUCAAGUCCUGAUGGAUUUAAGUGUUCACAGUGUGAGCAUAAAUAUCAUGCGGCAUGCCUGAAAGAUAAAUGUACCUACGGAACCAUACCGGAUACUUAUUUCUGUAAUAGAAGCUGUCAGGAGGCUUAUUCUGGUCUUCAAUCUCGCGUUGGCUGCAUUAAUCAUUUUGCUGAUGGAUUUUCAUGGACACUACUUAGAUGUAUUCAUGAUGACCAAAAGGGUCAUUCUGCUCAACGGUUUGCUCUUAAAGCAGAAUGCAAUACAAAACUAGCUGUUUCUCUUACAAUAAUGGAGGAAUGCUUUUUGUCAAUGGUUGAUCCAAGAACAGGCAUAGACAUGAUACCCCAUGUUUUGUACAAUUGGGGGUCAGAGUUUGCACGUUUGAAUUUUCAAGGCUUUUACACUGCAGUCUUGGAGAAAGAUGAUGCAUUGGUAUCUGUAGCAUCCAUCAGGGUGCAUGGAACAACAGUUGCAGAGAUGCCGCUCAUUGCAACUUGCAGUAAUUUCCGUCGCCAGGGAAUGUGCCGACGCCUUCUGACUGCAAUUGAAGAGAUGCUAAUAUCUUUUAAGGUUGAAAAGCUUGUCGUAGCUGCCAUUCCCGAUUUGGUAGAGACGUGGACACAGGGUUUUGGCUUUGUACCCAUAGAAGGGGACGAGAAGCGUAGUUUGAACAAGAUCAACUUGAUGGUCUUUCCUGGAACAAUGCUGCUCAAAAAACCCUUGUACGAAAAUCAAAAAGCACAUAGGCAUUCAGAAGCAGAAAUGGAAACCAGAGUUGUUGCUGAUGCGGAGUUAGAAGUCGGUUCUGAAGCUGAAUUCAACGAUGCUAUCCAGCCAUCGGAGGGAACUGGUUGUCAGAUCGAAGAAGGCUGGGAAUCUGAACUUGGUACCAAGGAAGCAGAAGUUAUGGGAAGCAAGAAUGUGCAACGUGAAGCCGAAGGAAGCACUUUGCAGGGCGAAUUUUCAAAGCUGUCUAGUGAAGAAGUGGCAGAUCUAACAUUAGGAAAUAGUGACGGGCGUGAAACCGUGACUAAUGUUGAAUCCUUGAAAAUGUAUGAUGAAAUACAGCAGCAGCUUCCUUUGGACGAAUAAUCGCAGAAAAAAAAAAAAAAAGGCGAUGUUGAAAUGAAUAAAAUGGUUUAAGUUA